AUUGUUCGCAAUAAAUGUUGAAAGAACCGUUAAUAUGGAAACCUAGAGCAAAUAAGAGAAUAUUGUGAAUAAUUCAUGAGUUUCGACGUGAUGCAACUCGGUAAUCCGCAUUUGGAGAUCAUUCAUUAUUUAUCGGUGUUGAUAAUGUGAGGAGUAGGAGAAUGCGCUUAAUUGGAUAAACAGUGCAUUGGAUGGAGCAGUUACUUGGGAAUACUGGAUAGAAAGUGCGUUCCUGCUGCUGCUCAAUUGCGGUCAACAAUCUUAGAUCUCCGCUCUAUUCGCAGUGGCUUGUGUUGUGCGUUUGUGUAAAGACAUCGUCUGUGGACAAACAGGAAACAACGUCCUGUUGUUUUUAGCAAUUUAUUAUUAUUAUAAAGAUGAAUGAACAACGCAGUUGUGGAUUAUCAUCUGGAGUGGAAUUCAAGAACCUCGCCUAUAAAGUUCAAUUAGGUUACAAGAAAGGAUAUAAAGAAAUAUUGAAAAGCAUAAAUGGACGAUUCCCAUCAAACAAACUUAUUGGAAUAUUGGGAGGAUCAGGAUCUGGAAAAUCCACUUUGCUCAAUUUAUUAAGCGGAUAUGAGGAGGGAAAAUACUCAGGGACAAUACGUACUUAUGGAGUGGAUGAAGACUUGAAACAAUACAGAAAGAAAUCUGUUUACAUCAUGCAAGACAACUACUUGCAAGAUCUGCUAACUUUAAGGGAAAACAUGGAGAUUGCAGCUGAUUUGAAAUUGGGUGAUCGUUUCGGGUGCUACGCCAAGAAAGCUAUUAUAGACAAGGUGAUUUCAGUGAUGGGCUUGAAAGAUGCAAUAGACACGAAAACGGGGAUUCUAUCUGGAGGAGAGAAGAAACGAUUGUCGGUGGGUUUGGAAUUAAUCAACGAACCAUCGAUCUUGUUCUUAGAUGAACCGACUACCGGUUUAGAUAGCUCAGCUUGCACGCAAUUCAUGGAGCAUUUGAAGGAGUUGACGGUGGAGGGGAAAACAAUCAUUUGCACAAUUCAUCAACCGUCUGCGACGGUUUUCAAUUUGUUCGAUGAAAUCUACAUCCUGCAAGAUGGGUCUUGCUUUUACAGAGGAAAACCUGAAGAUUUGUUACCUUGUCUUGAAAACAAUGGAUGGACUUGCCCGUUGUUCCACAAUCCUGCCGAUUUUGCGAUCGAACUAUCAAUCAAUAAUGUAAACAUCGUGCAAGAAUCUGUCUGGGAAUGCGAAGAAGAAGUGACGAAAGAUGAACCUUGCAACACUAACAAAGUGGAUAUAUCAGACGUCAGCGAAUACUAUAGUUUCAAAGUGUUAAUGAAAAGGGAAUUUCUAAAAUGCAUUCGAAACAAGACAUUGACUUACCUCCGGUUGAUCACGAGCGUCAUGAACAGUUUAACGUUGAGCGUCAUCUUCUGGAAGGUGGGUUCGGAUGCCUCGAAAAUGCUUUUCAAUUACAAUUUUAUCAUGGGAUUCCUUCUGCAUUUGAUGACGCCCUCGCUUAUGCUUACUAUAUUGACUUAUCCCAACGAGAAGUUGACUCUGUUUCGAGAGCAUUUUAACAGGUGGUUUUCUCUGAAGGUUUACUACUUAGUCCUAACUCUUAUAGAGUUACCAAUAGCGGUAAGUUGAAUAAACAGAUUAACAUAUUAACAAACUGUUAAAUUCAUCAACUGUCAAAUUCAAGUGUUAAAACGCUUUGAGUCUCUGAGUCAAAUCAGUUAAUAAUAUGAGUAUGCAAUAUCCCGGAUAGUGAGGUUUUGAUCAGUGCGGAUUUACUAUAGUCCGCAUUUAACAUUUCAAAUCUAAAUGUAAUUAGGCACAUUUUGAAAGGUUUUUUUUUUCUAUACAAUAUAUUUUGUGAUGUUUGAUUGUAUGCCGUUUUAAAGACCGCGAUUAAUACGGUUUCAAACAGUGCGGGCUAUUGGUCUGUAGACAAAUACUCAGUAGAAUUUCAAUACUUGCUUUACCAAAGAACUUGGUAUUCUU